GCAUGGGAGCUCCAAAGGGCGUGUGAGGCGUUUUGUGGUGGUGGUGGAAAAAAUGCACCACUCAGUUUCCAUCGGUGUAUAGCAGUAGUGGUUCGAAGCGUGAUCGCUGAGAAGGGGCCUAGGAGGAAAAAAAAUUACAAGAAGCGCAGGUGAUGAGCUUUAAAGAGCUUCAAAAAAAUACACUACUAGAAUCGUUUUGGUGGAAAUCAUAGUCAUUGAUCGAAAGUUCUAAAGCUUGUUCUUCUUAUAGCAAUAAGUGACCGGCUACGAGAGUGUGAUUUAUGAACGAAAGUGUGCACUUAAGAGAAGAAACACGAAACCGGUUGUUGGUUAUUGAUUAAUAUUAUCAUUUCUUGUUGAUUAGAUAUUAACUGAUAGAAUAGGAAUUUUGGUGUGUGAAGAAUUCAUGAGUGGAGUGAGUUUUUUUUAGAAAACUUUAAUUUAGAUUCUAGUCGUGAAUUGGAAACGUGUGGAGCUGUGUGUAGAGUUUUUGUAUGUAUUUAUAGAUGUUGUUUAUUAAUUAGUGGGGGUUUGUUUGUAUAUAUAUGUAUAUGAGAUUUGAAAAAACAAUUCAACCUAGAAUUUCUUCAUACUAAUAAGAAUAUAUGUAAAAUAUUUGACACUGAAAAUUCUCUUUUCGAACUGAAACAGCGACAUUAAAUAAGCAAACGAAACUUGUACACGUAUUUCCAGCAUUUCAAUAUGACCCAACUCCACGAAGCAUGCAACACAUUUCAGAUCCCACACUAAAUCGAUGUGGUAGAAAAUUUAUUGCUUGGUGUACUCUAUCCAAAUUUCACCGAACACGAUUAAGGAAUGUUUUUUCAGUAAAAUCAUGAUCAAGAGUGCAUAACGUCUCACGCUGCCAGGUGCCUACAGAGAGUGAAAAAAUCGUCUGUAAAUCCUUCCAGCCAUGUCUACCAGGGAUAUGUACGGGCCGGGCCUGACAGGUGGGCCACCCGUGGCUCGAUCUCCCAAGCCGACCCGCCGACUAGACAUGACGGGUGGCUUCGGCAUGCCCCAGAGCAGUCCACCGGUCACCACCAAAAUUUACCCGUCUGCUUCCAUAUCCCAGCCUCCUUCAGCCCGAGCCAGCCCCGUGUCGGGCCGUCCCUCUACUUCACCGUCCCGCAAGGGAAGGCACUUUGGCGUGAGCAGAUCGAGCAACAGCAGUCCGCUGACUCUGCCAACUCUAGCAGACCCGGGCAUGGCUAUGCCACAUUCAUAUAGUAGCAGUGGUUUCGCAGCCGAUCCCUAUUAUGGAAUAGCUGACGAUCCGAUGAUGGACGGUAGGGGGAUGGUGCACAGAAGUCGAUCUGCAACCAGAGCACCCUUCAGAAGUACCUACCACAUCCUGGAUCGAGACCCGGACGUCGGCAUGAGCGGGAUUGGCCGGGACAGGUCGCUCGAGAGGGUGGAUAUAGCUGCUUCUCGGCACGCAAGGUCCCGGGACCGCUCCUUAGAAUCGUCUUCCUUCUACGGCACCAGGAACCGAGACGACGUUCCGAUGCCGGAUCCUUACAAGGGCGCCACCCGGGAGACCAUAUUGGAUGGACUGCCGGACAGUUAUCGAACUCUGACGCAGCUACAGAGAGGGACCAACCCCAUCAUGGACAACAGGCUAAAUUACAGUGGCAGACAAGGAGACAAUUUCGUAUCCGAACUUCAAGCUCGUUUAAAUGAAUUGCAGAACCAAUAUGGCAACGUGAAGCGGGAAUUGGACGUUACGGCAAGCAAGUUGGGAUCCAGCAUGCAUAGCAUAAAGACGUUCUGGAGUCCAGAGUUGAAAAAAGAAAGAGCUCUGAGAAAAGAAGAGGCCACCAAACAUGCCCUUAUCAACGAUCAGCUCAAGAUGCUUAGAGCAGAAAAUCAGAAACAAGCUGCCUUAAUCCAGCAAUUGGAAGAAGAACUGCGAAUGGCGCACCUGCGCAAUCCAGAAGCCGACAUCCAACACCUAGAGGCUCUCUAUGCAGAGAAGGAACAUAUGACCAAAGAAAUUUACCUCCUUCGAGAAACAAUAAAGGAACUUGAAAUGCGGAUAGAAACUCAAAAACAGACUCUAGCAGCUAGAGAAGAAAGCAUUAAGAAAUUAAUGGAAAUGCUUCAGAAUAAAGGCAUAGGAAAUAAAAUGAUCGAAGAAGAAAGGAAAGAGAUGGAAAGGCUGAAAACAAAAUUGUACGAAAGUGAGACGCGAGCAAAACAUUUAGAAAACCUUCUAGAAGCCAAAGACAAAGAUCUAGGAAGAUUAAAAGAGGUGGAUGAGCUUCGAAUUGAAUUAAAUAAAAGGGACCAAGAAAUUCUCGCCAUGAAUGCCAAAAUGAAGACGUUAGAGGAACAGCACUAUGACUACCAGCGCCAUAUAGCUGUACUCAAGGAAUCAUUAUGCGCCAAAGAAGAACAUUAUAACAUGCUUCAAGCAGACGUGGAAGAACUCCGUCAAAGACUGGAAGAGAAGAACAAAAUCAUCGAGAAGAAGACGCAGCAGACCAUGACUGCCACCCAGGAAAGAACCCGCCUCAGCCAGGAAAUGCAAGAACUGAGGGACCACAUGGACAUCAAAGACAGAAAAAUCAAUGUCCUGCAGAGGAAGAUUGAAAACUUGGAAGAUUUACUCAAAGAAAAAGACAACCAGGUAGACAUGGCUCGCGCUCGAUUGACAGCAAUGCAGGCACACCAUUCGUCUUCAGAGGGUGCUCUUUCAAGUCUCGAAGAAGCAAUAACCGAUAAAGACAAGCAAAUUCAGCAGCUGAGGGAGCAAAGAGACCGGGCAGAACAGGAACGCAACGAGGAACGCGAGUUGCACGAACGUGAAAUCGCGGAAUUCAAAAUGAAGAUGCACAGCAUGGAAAGCGAGAUGGAAAAAUUGCAGGUUCGUCUAGAAAAAGUGGCUGCUGAAAAAGACAGAGUGGAAGCCAAGCUCGAAAACUCCCAAUCAGAGCUGGGCCAAGCAAGGGCGGAGUUGGAAAAGAUCCAGAGUGAUCAGAACAAGUAUCAAAGCGAAUGGGACCGCCAACGCAGCGAAACAUCUUGGCACAGCAUUGAAAAUGAAAGACUCAGAGAACAGCUGGAAAGAAUGAAGAUGGAGUUGGAAAAAUCUCAGAGCACGAUUGGUAAAAGUCAUCUUUAUCAAUCGGAAGAAGUGAUACGACUCCAAGAACGGUUAGAGAAAUGCCAAUCAGAUUUGAGAAGAGCCCAAGCCGAAUUAAGGAUGAACCAAGCAGAGCAAGAAAGAUCCAGGGGAGAGAUGGAAGCAAUCCAAGAAAAACUGGAGAGAUCUCAGGGAGAAAUUUACAGGUUAAAAGCCAAAUUGGAAAACGCUCAAGUAGAAAAGGAGAGCCUGCAGGAGGAAUACGAUCGGGUCCAAGCAGCAGUUUCACGUUGCCAUACCGAGAGAGAUGCUGCAAUGACAGAAGCAGAAAAGCUGAGGACUGAACUCGAACGAGUCCAAACUAACCUGAGCAAAGCUCAACUGCAGCAUGAGAAGACACAAGCUCUCUUGGAUAAGGCGCAACUGGAUGCCGAUCGCAUUCAAGAAAAGUUGGACAAAUCCAACGCCGAAGUCCGACGAUUACAGUCAGAGAGAGAGCGCGCCCAAUGCGAGAUCGAGGGUCUCCAAAUGCAGCUGAGCCAAGUUCAGAUUCAGUACCAACGAAUUCAAAAAGACAAAGAAACGUCACACAUCGAGAUGGAAAAAUCUCGAGAAAAAUAUGACCGUGCCCAGAGUCAGUUGCAACGCCUUCAAAAAGAAAAAGAAGUCUUCCAAUCCGAGAUGGAGAAACUGCAGGAAAAAAUCGAUGUGCUGCAGACGCAACUGAACAAAGCACAGAAAGAAAAAGAAAACUCUCAAGCAGAAUUCGAGGUUAUCAGGGAGAGACUGGAGAAGACCCAGAAUCAGUUGGAGAAAUACCACAUCGAUUAUGACACAUCUCAGGCAGAACUUCAUGUAUUGAGAGAGAAACAAGAAAAGAUGCAAUUACAACUACAGAAAGCAGCAGAGGAUCGAGAACUCUCUAGAGCAGAAUAUGAAAAACUUGUAGAAAAAUUAGAGCGUUCUCAAAGCGAAUUGUACAAAAUGCAAUCUAAGUAUGAGCAGGCACAGGCAGAAUUGGAUAGAGUAACGCUAGAAAUAGAGAAAUCUCACAUCAUUGCCAACAAAACCAAAGAAGAUGCACGUAAAUCCUUAGAAGAGUUCGAUACCUUAAAAGAAAUGUACGCCAGAAAUUACUCACAAUUAACCAAAACAAAGGAGUCAGAAGAGAAGAUGAGAGUAGAACUUGAUAGAUGUCAGAUGGAAUUAGAGGUCAUGAGAGAUAGGCAUGAGAAAGGCCAAAUAGAGCUGCGACGAUUACAAUCGGAACGAGAUAAACUUCAAGCUGAUUUAGAUCAUAUGAGCAUUGAAUUAGAAAGAAUUCAAAGUCAAGUUGGGAAAUCGCAAACAAGCCAUGAAAAAUCUCAAGAGGAACUUGCUAGACUACAAGUUGAAGUUGAAAAAGUAUAUGAAAAACUUGACAAAUCUCAGUCAGAACUUAGGCGAGCUCAAACCGAGAAAGAUAGAUUGCAGUCUGAAAAAGAAAGUGUCCAGGCUGAAUUGGAACGCUAUCAGUCACAGAUGUCCAAAUAUCAUAAUACCCAAGAAAAAUCCCAAGCUGAAUUCGAGAGACUGCGUAUUGAUUUGGAAAAGUACAAAGAUAAAUAUGAAAAAGCAAUUUUAGAAGCCGAAAGAAAUGGCCAGCAAAAAGAUUUAUUUAGUGCUGAAAUACAAAAACUGCAGUCAGAAAUAGAGAGGAUUCGUUUGGAGAAAGGAGUCACUCUAACUGAAAGAGAAAAACACAACCAAGAAAUAGAACGGUUGCAUAUAGAAGUAGAGAAAGCAAAAGACAAGUACGAGCAAGCAAUGAAUGAGCUGAAAAAACUUCAAGAUCUCAAAGCAAAGAAAGCCGAUCCAGAAACAUUACGUAAGGAAGCUGAAGCUGCUCAGGCGAGAGUUGAAAAGAUUGCUGUUACCGAGGAAAGAACCAAGCAGGAGAUAGAAAGAGAAGCCAAAGAAGUAGAAAGAAUGAGAGAUAGAUUAGAGAGGGUGCAAGUAGAAUUGUUGAAAACGAAGGAUGAAAGAGAUGCUCUCCUAAAAGAAGUACAAACAUUGACUAUGUCAUUAGAAGAAUUUAGAUCCAAAUUAGACACUCACACGUUUACUCAGAAGGAAAUAGAAUUCCACCAGAAUGAAGCAGCUCGUCUGAAGCAGCUGUUGAGCAAAUCGGAAGCCGAAGUGCAACGAACAUUGUCCGAAAACAGCCGCUUGCAGAUGGAAAUCGAGCGCUUAAAGCAGGACAUGGAAGAUUCAGAAAGCUACGCCACAAAGAUGAAAGACAGUCUAGAAAAGCAACAGGCGGAAUACGACAGAAUGAGAUCAGAAGUAAAGAAAAUGCAAGACAAAUUGGAAUUAUCUCAAAAAGAAUUGCGAAAGAUAUCUGAUGAGAAGGAUACAUUACAGAAACAGGAUGUCAAAAAAAUGCAAGACAAACUGGAACUGGCACAGAAAGAGCUUCGAAAAUUGUCCGAUGAGAAAGAAUCUUUGCAGAAACAACUCAAGGAAUACGAGGCCGAAUUGGAACGCACAAAAACAUCCGUCGGACAGCAAUCAGCCGAAAUACAAGAAGCAUCGAAAUCAGAAAUUGACAAAUAUAGAAAAGAAAUUUCUAAACUUCAGAAUGAGUUGCAGCGAAUCGAAGGGCAGCUCCAAGAGACGGUGAAUGAAAACCAAGACCUACGAACAGAGUUGGAGCGAUCUCUGGAUGCUUUGGCUACCAUUCAUAAGCAAUUAGAAGACACCAAUGCUGAUUUGGCCAAAGCUCGAGAACAAAACAAACAAUUGAAAGCCGAACAGUUGAAGUCUCAGAAGCUUUCCGGAAAGGCGACAGCGAACGAGAGAGAAAUCGAGUCCCUUAGGAAUGACCUUGAAAGGCAGAAAUCCGAAACUCAAAGGUUGCAACAAGAAAAUCAACAACUUAAAAAGCAGUUAGAGAAAGCACAAGAGGAAGUGAAAGGAUUUGGUGUCGAGCGUGAAAGAUUUCAAGCUCAACUGGAAAUGCUCGUGCAAGAAUUGGAGAAAAGAGAGGGCGAAAUCCGCUCACUUCAAGGACAAAAAGGAAAAAUGGAGGCUCAACAAGACGCGGAGCUACAAACCCUCCGAAGACAACUGGAUGAGAAACAGAAGAACCUCGACGAAACGGAAAAGAAACUCAAGAAGAGGAAGGAACGACUGGAUCAGAUGGAACAAGAGCUCAAACGGGCGGAGUCGAUGCGCGGGCAGGCUCCAUCUGGUCAACUGGCCGAACUGCAGCGGAAGAACGCAGAAAUGCAGAAGGAGUUGGCCACUCUAAAGGAGGAAUCGAAUCGGUCCCAGAGCGAAGUGGCCAGACUCCUCCAAAUCAUGUCCACCUCGGAAGAGGAAAAAUUUGCCUUGAACCAACAGAUCAGCAACUUACAACAAUCUUUGAAGGAGAAGGAGAAUCAACUAAACCAGUUCCGCAGAGGCCAGCAGGGCGGCGCUGGUGGCGGUUCUCAAACAUUGCCAAUGCCCAUUCGCAGAUCGGAACCGGAUUCCAAAGAUGCGUCAAAGCAAACUCCAGGUGCCGGGCCGGCCAGUUUCUUCUCAAGCUUCUUCUGAUGUGUCUUGAGUUACUCUUUGCACAAUGGACCAUACUUAGUUCCAGCGGACAUUAUUUUUCAUUACCUACGAUACUGCCAUGUGAACAGUAGCGGAUAUCACUCUACGCCCCUGUUCUAUGUUUUUACUUCUUUGUUAUACUAUAAAUAUAUAUAUCACAGCAAAUAAACAAAAAAAAGAAAGCCGCAUGUUGGUUGUGAAAUCAUCGGUGCCUUCUACAUUAAAAUAGUCUCUGUCUGUCCUGGCGAUUAAGGGGAAAGGCACAGUCAGCCCUUCUAGUAUGACUUUAGCUCCUGUUUUAUUGAGUGUUUCUGUGUCAGGUGGUCGCCUGCACUUCCGGACCAUCCCUUAAAUGUGUGCCAAUUUUUCUCUCCCAGCUGCGCCCUUCUGAAAAAAUAAACCAGCUGCCGUUCCUAACGUUUGUCUAGAGAAAAAAAAAUCUGUGAAAUCGUCUGUUGCCACUUUGAAGAAUACAUCGCCUUUUUAGAAGUUCAUCAAUGAAGACGUCUUACGCCGUCAGGGCACUGUUGAAUUCUAGAGAAGUAUUGCAAGCAUUUUGGGAAUGGAUGGUCAAAGUCAAAUGCUUUAACUGUCGGAAAAGUCUAAUUUUUUUACAUAUAAACAUGUAUUUGAAUUCGAAAUUCUUAUUAAAAUUGUCUCUAUAUAAUUAAAUCAAUUAAAAAUUAUUUUUAAAAAACUA